CUAAAGAAAACGUUUUAUUUUCCUUUCGUUACGAAGAAAAAACGCGCGUGCCGAAUGUAAUUAAAAAAAAUUAUAAUAAUAAUGGAUUGUUAGUUGGUUGUAACAAUUAGGAGGACCCCCACUCGAACCAUAAUCUCCGCCCCCCUGUCCCCUACGGGUGCCAAACCCGUGGGUCCAACACAGGGUGGUUCUCGCUUAACAUCCAACAGCCGACGUCUCUAACGUCUUGAUCCUGGCAGUGAUUAGCCGGUGGUGUCCCCAGACCGACAAAGCGGUUCCGACGCUCGCCACUCACUACUCUCUCGCGCCGCCGCCACCGCCUCUUUUAAUCCCAAGUCGCUAGUCAGCUACUCGUCCUUCCGGGUUCCGCGGAGGCGGUCGACCAAACAACACAAAUUAUUUCAAUUUCUUUUUUUGAUAAAAAAAAAUUUGUGAAAAAAAAACGUUUGGUGUUUUGAGUGAUUUGAUUGAAUUCUUUUUGGUUUAUUAAAAGUUUUUUUUUAUUUGAGGGGGUAGAUUUGAAAAUGUGAAUUAUUUUUGAAUUUCGUGCAAAAUCCGAUUUUGGAUCGGCUUCCGGUUCUGGGUCCGGUGCAAUGCGGCAAGAAUGUUGUUAAGCUCGCCGCUGUGCAUCACGCUCUUUGUUGCUUUGUUGACCUGUAUAAAUGGAAAUUAUCCAGAAGGUAAAUUAAGAACAAGAUUCGUACCGUUUCCCGAUAAAACACUUUGUAGAGUAACGCCAGGAUUAGCAAAGCAUCAAAAAGAUCUUUGCAUGAAGAAACCGGACGUUACAAAAGAAGCAAUUUUUGGCAUAAAAAUGGCAUACAGGGAAUGUGGCCAACAAUUUGAAGGACACAGAUGGAAUUGUACGUCAUUGAUGAGCUCUACAGGAAAUCCUUACGCCAACGCAAUUUUAAGGCGAGGUUAUAAGGAAACAGCAUAUAUAAACGCUUUAGCUUCAGCAGGUGUAGUCAUAGCUGUAUCAAAAGCAUGUCGACAAAACGAUCUCCUUAGUUGUAGUUGUGACGCAAAAUUAGAUUCAAUCGAUCCAAAACCAAACAGCAACAAAAAAUUUAAAUGGAAAGGUUGUUCGGAUAAUCUCCAAUUUGGGAUGAAAUUUGCAAAACUUUUCUUAGAUAAAAGAAUAACCGGCACAGACAUAUUUUCGCACAUCAAUUUACACAACAACCACGUAGGCAGAUUAGUGGUUAAAAACAGUGUUGAAACCGUCUGUAAAUGUCACGGUGUUUCCGGUAGUUGCACAAUGAAAGCUUGUUGGACAAAAGCACCUUCUAUAAGUAAAGUUGGGUUAGAAUUAAAAAAGAAAUAUUCCCAAGCUAUUCGCAUUGAGCAAAAUAAUUCAGGAAAUGGAAGAAAAACGAAUAAUAAGAAUAAAAAAAAUAAAAAGGUUAAAAGAAGAAGAUUCAAAGAAAAACAUCUCAUUGUAAAAGGACGAAAAAAACGUGAAUUAUUAAAUAGUUUGGUGUUCUUUGAGACAUCACCAAAUUUUUGCGAUGCAAACCCGAUGCUCGAUUUUGGUGGAACCGCCGGUAGACAAUGUAAUUUAACCGCUUCCGGUCCAGGCAACUGCUCGAAUCUUUGUUGUGGAAGAGGUUACGAUAAAAUAGUUCGAAAACGAAACGAUGCAAUUUGUAAAUUCGUUUGGUGUUGUAACGUGACUUGUGUCGAUAAUAUAAUUGAAGAAGAAGUUACAGUUUGCAAAUAACUUUUUUAAUUAUGUUUUGUAUGUACAUAUUAAAUUAAAUAAAAAAAAAAUAAACGAAGAUGUAAAUGUAAUUUUAACCUGAGCUUGUAGUUAAUUAAACUAAUUUAUUGUUUAGAUUAGCAUGUAAACAUUCCCGCAUUGUACCAUUUUUUUAAUUAUUUAAAUUAAUUAUAAUUAAAUAUUAUUAUUCUAUUUAUUAUUUUACAAUAAGUAAGCAAUCGGACUGAAACGUUGAAAUGUAAUAUUUAUUAAAUAAAAAUGAAAUGUAAUUGAAA